AUGGAGACUUUAACAGCUAAGACCGAACAACUUCAAAUAAGCAAUGCCACUUUUGCACCCAAGAAGCAACCUGGUUCCAUUGGAACCACUUGCAAUCUGAAAACCAAUAUGUGGAGAUUGACAUUGAAGCCAAAUGUGCCUCUGUACAAGUACGACGUCCGCAUGAACGUUUUGUUCCCAGAUGACAAGUCAAAAGAAUUAACUAAACAAACAAAGGACGACUACAACGAGCAGAUCCGCAAAUCCUGUACUGUGCGUAUCUACAAGAAAAUCUGUGCCGAACAACGCGGAGUCUUCGGAACAGCCUCAUUCUAUGAUAGAGCGGCCAUUCUUUUCUCUCUUGAGCAAUUGAAGGAAGUUGAGCUUACCUUAGCUCCUGAUUUCAUCACCAACGUUCCUUUCGAUGGACAUAUUGGUUACUCUGUUGCUCUCAAGAAAUGUCAAGAUGGCUAUCAGACCAGUACCAACGACGUUAACAAAGCUGUUAGCUCAAGACCAGGAGAUCAAGAUGUUACGAUUUUCGAAGCCUUGAACAUUAUCCUUGGUCAAGAAGCUCUGAUGAACCAAGAUAAGUGGGUGACUUACGGAAAUGCUGGUCAUUAUCUGAUGGAUGAUAGAGAUGCUGGAUUCAAUUGUAAAGCUUCUCUUAACUUCUUUGCUGAUGAAGGAAAGUAUCUUGGAAUUGGUGCCAAGAAAGCAGUCAAAGUUGUUGAGGGACAAAAGGGAGAGAAAUGCGCUCCAUACGUUGGAGUUGAAGUCAUCAAGACUGCCUUCCACGGCGAUGAUCAACCGCUCUCGGACAAAAUGAUAACCUUUAUUAGAAGCCAGAGAGGAGAUCAGAGCACUGCUAUUAAAGCUGUUCGCAAUCUCAUCAAGGGUCUUUUCGUUUACACGAUUCACACCAAAAGACCCCAAUCCUUCCAAAUUCUCUCUUUGACUAACAACGCUAAUGAAACUAGCAUUGACGUUGAUGGAAAGAAAAUCACUGUUGCUCAAUACUACAAAAGCAAGUAUUCUCAAUUGAAGCACCCUGAUUUGCCUCUUAUCGUUACACGUCUCCGAGGCCGUGAUUCUUACUUCCCUGCUGAGCUUCUCAGAAUUGGUGCAAGUCAAAGAGUUACCACCGCUCAACAAACACCCCUUCAAAUGCAGGAGAUGAUCAAGAACUGCGCUAUUCAUCCAGAUCAGAGAUUCUUCCAAUGCCACAAGAUGAAAGAUGUUCUUAAUAUUAACUCUGGCAGUGCAGCUUUAAAGAAUGUUGGUAUCACGGUUGCCACCGAGCCUGCCGUUAUUGCUGGUCGUCAGCUUAACAGCCCAACUAUCGUGUUCGGAGAGAACAAACCUGUGAAAUCCGCUGAUAAUGCGAAAUGGUCCGGUGACUUGAUGCGAUACGAGAAACCAGCCAGUUUGUCCAAAUGGACUGUUGUAUUGUUCUUGCAUCAAAGGGAUGCUGCACAUUUCGAUCAUGCAACUUACAUCAAAAAGUUGGCUGAUCGUAUGCAGAAGUUUGGUAUGUCUGUUGCUAAGCCAGAAGUUAUUAGUGAAACCUCUACCAAUCAACAAAGUGUUGUCAACAUCAUCACUAAAGCUGCUACUGCUGCUAAAGAACUUGUUUUCUUCAUUUCUUCGGAUAAUGUUGCUCUCCACGACUUCAUUAAAUAUCAAGGAAGUCAGCACCAAGUUUUGACCCAAGAAGUCAGAUUGAGCAAAUGUGUCGCUGUUCUUGAGAGAGGACAAAAUCAAACUCUUGACAACGUUGUCAACAAAACUAAUCUGAAGUUAGGAGGAGUCAACUACUCGGUUGUCUUACCAGGGCCAGGGCCUCUCCAAAAUCUUCUUUCGUUGUCACCUAACCAAAGAAAACUCUACAUCGGAAUUGAGCUCUCUCAUCCAGCUCCUCUUUCUGCUGCUGAAAGAGCUCGUAAUGUUGGUUAUAGAACUCCAUCUGUUCUCGGAUGGGGAGCUAACUAUGCCAAGCACCCUCAAUACUUCUUGGGAGAUUACCGUUACGUCAAGCCAAGAGAGAGUGACAUGAUUGGUCAAGAGUUGUACAAUUUGGCCAGAUAUGUCGUCACUCAAUUCCGUGUUAAUAAUAACAUGAUUCCUCCAAGUCAUAUUGUUUUGUAUCUCAACGGAGUCAGUCAAGGACAAUGGGCUCUUGUCUGUACCAGCUACCUGGAUCAGCUCAAGAAAGCCUGUAAAUCUCUUAAUGAGAAGUAUACUCCUCAAUUCACUGUUAUGGUUGUUAGUAAGGACCACAACGAACGCUUGUUCAAGAAGGACAUUCCUCAAUCUCAGCGCCCAGCUGAUAAGAACGUUGCACCCGGAACUGUUGUUGACACCGUAAUCGUUUCACCUUCUGUCUCCGAGUUCUACUUGAACUCUCAUUCCGCGUUCCAGGGUACUGCCAAAACCCCCAAGUACUCUAUCCUUGUGGAUGAUGCUAACUUAUCCAUGGACCAAGUCGAGAGCAUGACCCACGGUCUCUGCUUCAUGCAUAGUAUUGUCAAUAUGGCAAUCAGUAUUCCUGCUCCAUUGAAGGUUGCUGGUGAAUGUGCCAAGCGUGGACUUAAUGUGUUCCAUCAAUUCACUGACGGAACCGAGGAUGGUCUCGACUUAGCCAAGUAUAACAACGUUGUUAACAUCGGAAAGAGAUUGGGAUCCGUUCGUUACAAUGCAUAA